AUGUCUGCCACGCUCCCGUUCCAGUCGACCAGCUCUGCAGCCAAGGGCAAGGCCAAGGAGGACGACGCCCCAGUCGCUUUCGAGCUCCCCUGGGUCGAGAAGCACCGCCCCCGCACCCUCGACGACAUUGUCGGCAACACCGAGACCAUCGAGCGCCUCAAGGUCAUCGCCCGCGACGGCAACUGCCCCCACAUCAUCAUCUCGGGUUCGCCCGGAAUCGGCAAGACGACGAGCAUCCUCGCCCUCGCGAGGGCCCUGCUCGGCGACAACUACAAGGAGGGUGUCCUCGAGCUCAACGCGUCCGAUGAGCGCGGCAUCGACGUCGUGCGCAACCGCAUCAAGACGUUUGCGCAGAAGAAGGUGACGCUCCCCAUCGGGCGCCACAAGCUCAUCAUCCUCGACGAGGCCGACUCGAUGACGACGGGCGCGCAGCAGGCCCUGCGCCGCACCAUGGAGCUGUACAGCAACACGACCAGGUUCGCGCUCGCGUGCAACCAGAGCAACAAGAUCAUCGAGCCGAUCCAGUCGCGGUGCGCCAUCCUGCGGUACGCGCGCCUGAGCGACAAGGAGCUCCUCAAGCGCCUCAUGGAGAUCUGCGAGCUCGAAAAGGUGCCGUACAACGAGGGCGGCCUCACGGCGCUCGUCUUUACGUCCGAGGGCGACAUGCGCCAGGCGGUCAACAACCUCCAGUCGACGUUUUCGGGCUUCAGCUUUGUCGGCGCCGACGAGGUCUUCAAGGUGUGCGACCAGCCGCACCCGGUCAAGGUGCAGGCCCUCAUCAAGGACUGCGCAAAGGGCCGCGUCGACCCGGCCAUGGACGCGCUCGGCGAGCUGUGGGACAAGGGCUACUCGGCCGUCGACAUUGUCACGACCCUGUUUCGCGUCGUCAAGAACAUGGACGGCCUGCACGAGUACGUCAAGCUCGAGUUUAUCCGGGAGAUCGGCUUUGCCCACAUGCGCAUCCUCGAGGGCGUGUCGACCGUCGUCCAGCUCGGCGGCCUCGUCGCGCGCCUGUGCAAGCUCGGCAUGAAGCCCGAGCUCUUUGUCGUGCCCAAGGCGUGAGGAGCGUGGGGCAGACGUGGGUUGGUUGGGAGGAGGAGGAGCGAGCGAGCGAGGCACGAGGGGGACGAGGCGCAGCUUGUACAGGUGCUUGAGGACGACGCUGCAGCGCAGCUUUUACACUCUC